ACAAUUCUUAACUUGCGCAUCCUUGGCUUUCUUAUUAAAAUCAUAUGUUUGCAUUAAUCAACUGAUGUCUCUCACAGCUAAUUACUUGAGACAUAGUGUAGUGGCCAUUUAUCUUCUUCAUAAAUGGAUGUCUAUAUUUGAUCAAAGUAGACUUUCAGCAACACAUUAUGAUUGUUAAUGCUCACAUCGAAGCAUUGAAGUUUGAGAUCGAGAACCCAACAAUCUGGAUUGUUGGCAUCAUUGGAAACUUCAAAAAAAAAAUUGUGAAAAGAAAAGGAAGCCAAAAACCAUCAGCAGCAACAUAAUGAUGGCAGCAAUUUAGAUGGUUUGAUGGAAGGUUUUGAGCAGCUAUUUUCAAACCAAGAGAAGAAAAUUCAGGCUCAAACUGAAGAGACAGGAGGAAAGAAAUAGAAAAGAAAAUCCAGAUUUCACUCUCGAAGGAAAGAAAGAGAAUCAAAUUCAGACUCAAAUUAAAGGAAAGGAGGGGAAUUUAUAGGGAGAAUGAUGCCUUGUUUUCUGCUACACCUUGAAGCACUCUAUGACAAUUGAACUGUACAUGGCUAAUAUUGGAAAGCUAAUUUAUGACCCAUCUUUAUUAUUGCUUAUUUAUAAAAAUUACUGGCUUUAUAAAAACAAAGAAAUAAUGUUUUUAAAUUUGUGUCUAGAUAGAUUUUUAACAAUUCUGAUUAAUCAUUUUAAAAAAAUUUAUGCAAUGGGAAAAAGGAUUGAUCCAACACCAUCCCAUGAACUGGCAUGAAUUUUAUGCAUUACUAAAUGUUUGUGUCCCAAAAAUUUAGACAGAUUCUCCUUCAGCUUAAGGCCUGUUGGAUCGGGGGGGAAAGUGCCAUGCUUGACAAAAAGACAGGCAAGGCAUGAUACAACCAAAUAUAAGUGGCACCAAGAGUAUGAUUUAGAAGAUAACACUGCUAGGAUAAAAGAUGUAUCUUUUCUUCCUUUUUUAGCAUCCUAAAGAGAAUAAAAGUUGAGGCAGCAUUUCUGAUUCUUUUUUUAGCAUCCUAAAGGAAUGAAGGCUGAGGCAGCAUUUCUGACAUUAGCCCUUGGGUUCAUUUCAGUGAACUUUACUGGCUUCUGCUUUGGUGCACUGCAAGUGGGAUUUUACAGAGGAAAAUGUGGUUUUGCAGAUGUUGAGGCUAUAGUGGCUGGAGUUAUUACUGCUCAGUUCUUCAGGGAUCCUUCAACUGUGGCUGCCCUCUUACGCUUGCAGUUCCAUGACUGCUUUGUCAAUGGGUGUGAUGCAUCAAUACUAGUGGAUGGAAGUAACAGUGAGAAAACAGCAAUACCGAAUUUGAGUGUGAGGGGAUAUGAAAUUAUAGACCAAGCAAAGGCUGCUGUGGAAAAUGCUUGCCCUGGUGUGGUCUCCUGUGCUGAUGUCAUUGCAAUAGCUACAAGAGAUGUUGUUUUCUUGAGUGGUGGAGGGAGAUACGAUGUUCAAACAGGAAGAAGGGAUGGUUUAGUCUCUGCAGCUAAAAAUGUGAGCCUGCCAGGUCCUGCAAUAUCAGUGCCCGAGGCCAUUGCAGCAUUUUCUGAUAAAGGUCUCACUGUUACAGAAAUGGUGCUCCUACUAGGUGCUCAUUCUGUUGGGAUUGCACAUUGCUCAUUCAUCAAAGACCGUCUUUUCAACUUUGAAAACACUGGCAGACCUGAUCCAUCCAUGGAUCCUUCCCUAGAAAACAUUCUGAGAUCAAGGUGCCCUCCAUUUGCCACAGUAGACAACACAGUGAACCUUGAUCAAAACUCAUUUAGCCCAUUUACAAUAAGCAAUACAUACUAUCAGACUGUGAUGCUGCAUAGAGGCAUUCUCCAAAUCGACCAAGAUUUAGGAACUGACCCCUUGACAAUGCCUGUAGUGAAAAACCUGGCAAAUGCGUUUGAUUUCCCUGCCAGGUUUGGUGCUGCCAUGGUUAAGUUGGGAGCUAUAGGGGUUCUGACUGGCACACAAGGAGAAAUUAGGAGAUCUUGUAGGGCCACUAAUAGGUAGUAGAAAUUUACUCAAGUUUAGCACUGGCAUUACAGAAAGUGGGGAGUCAUGUUUACUUCUUCAUGAUUGUUUAAACACGAGUUCAAAUUUUAUGUUGUUUCAACUUUCAAGAUGAUUAUCGGUUUUUAUCAGUUUCCUCGAGUAAAAAAAUCUCCUUCAGCAGCUCUUGUAUAGUCUUUCAGUUUAAGCGACUGUCAGUAAUUUAAGAAAAGCCAGUCAUGAUCAAAUUAUCAA